CCCUCCUCCAUCUCCCCUUCUCCCAACCCCUCUCAGCCCUCCCUUCUUCCAGAUCCCUCCUCCUUUUCCUACCAGGCAGAGACUGAGAGAGGGGGGCGACUGUGGUCCGGACCCCCUCCAAAAAAAUAAAAGCCCUACACCGAUCGCAGACUUCACCCCCCUCUCCGGGUCUGUCUCCCCACCCCCCACCGCCCCACAUUGUAGCAAUGCCCCACGGUGUGGCCUUCCUUUUGGUGGCAGCCACAUGGGCUGUGGUCUCCUGUGCUGAUGGGUGCAAUAAGGCCCUCUGCGCCAGCGACGUCAGCAAGUGCUUACUGCAGGAAGUGUGCCAGUGCGAGGCCAACCGAGCUGGGUGCCCAUGCUGUCGGGAAUGUGCUUUCUGCUUGGGCAAUCUCUGGGAGUCGUGCUGUGAAUGUGUGGGGCUGUGUGACGAACGCCCCUCCUCGGCCCCCCGCCCUGCCCUGCGGAGCUCCAUGCACAACCUGAUGUCCCCGGUGCCCUCGCUCUUCCGCGCACUCAUGGCCAUCUCUGACAACGACCCUCCCAUGGGCUGGAGCAUCCUGACCCUACCAGUCGAAGAGGAGCUGCGGCAGAACCACGCGGAGACCGGCCACCUCCUCCUGGGGCCUCACACAGGCUUGGCCCUCUCGGAUGCCAAGGGCCUCAAUGCCACCAUGCCACCGUGCCAGUCCAUUUUCUUCAACGAGUGCCUGUCCAUGAGCCGGUGCCGGACGGCUUGCCAGUCGGUGGGCGCCUGGCGCUACCGCUGGUUCCACAAUGCCUGCUGCCAAUGUCUAGGGCCAGACUGCCUGGGCUAUGGGGGAGCCCACGCACAAUGUUCCAGUUGCCGGGACUGAGAUCUAUGGGUCUCUCACCCACUCGCCUUGCCCUAGCCUCUGCUUGGGCUGCCUGCCCCAGUCACACCCAAUCUUCCUUUCUUCACUGAGCAAACAUGAAUGAAGCAUUUGCUUUUUGUUGCUGUUCAUUAACCUUUUUGGUUCUAUGGACCCCUCUGGACUCAUCCCUCCCAAGCAACAAUGUCUUCUGUCCCACCUUCUUCCUCUGCUUAUUAUGGGUAUCUUGCCAGCUACAGUCCCCUCUCUCUGCUUUUUCUUACAACCCAGCUGACUUUGUCUUAUUCCCUAAUGCUCACUGUUUAAGGCACCCCUCCCCAAAGAGAAAACACCUUCUGCUUAUAAGCAUUGCACCCGGCAAAAAGGUGUCCUAGGUACCUGCCUAUAACCACCUUGGGGGGGGGGAAUGCCCCUUUUCCAAACCCUCCGCAGCCCCAAGUUUUCUGAACACCUCGUCCAAGUCAAUUGCUUCACGGACCUAGAUAUAAAGACUUUUGUCAGUUUCCCAUCUUUGUAAUGAUAAUAAAAUGAAUCUUUUUACCUGUA